AUGGCGCGCUCCUUGCUCUUCAUCUCGCUUGCUGUGGCUGCCACCGUCAUCUCCUCCGUAUCUGCUGUUGUCCCUGAACCCAUCGCUACCGCCAAUGUAGACAAUACCAAAAACUUUGACCCUGCUGAGGCUUUGAAUACCACGCACAGCGCAAAUGUCAGUGCUAGUGGCUUCACUUGUAUCAAUCUCUCUACUUCCGGCGGUAUUCCCUUGAGCACUGCUACCGCCAUCUUUGUUCCUACUACUGGCAUGGCCUCGGCUACUGCCACUGCAUCUGCAUCUGUCAUGUUGUCCUCUGCCUCUGCUGCUGCUUCUUUUAGCGGCACGGCUUCUGCUAACGUCUCUGAGAUCACCAGUUCAGUUCAACAGCCCAUUCCUACCGGUAAGCAGGGAAAGAAGGUCGCCAAGAAAGCUAGCAAGAAGUCCAAGAAGGAUGCUAAAAAGUCAAGUGAAAAGGCCGAGAAGGCCCCUAAAAAGGCCAAAAAGGCUUCCAAAAAGUCUAAGAAGGCUGCCGAGGCAUCCAGAGUUUAA